CUCUAUCUUGUCCGUAACUACCGUAUCAAGUCCCUCUUGCCCUGGACCCUCUUUUUUUUGCCCACAUCCGCCCGCCGCCGCCGCGUCGUCUGGUUCGGAUUGAACCCCGUUAGCCUGGACUCAAAAUCGAUCUCUGUACUACCACAAGGCACUUGCGAUUCGGAUGCUACACUAGAGUCCCAUCAUUGCUUGCCCUUGGCCCCUCACUCUCUCACACACUCAAUGGACUGUUGCCCACAUCGUUUGCCCACAUCUUCGGCCCCCCUUGAGCAUUCGGUCCAGACAAGGUCAGUGUAA